CUCUGCGCCAUCUCUCCGUCUCCUCGAUAAUUCCAUCGUCUUUCCUGCAUUACGGAAGGCGUCCACGAUGGGUCAUUGGCGGGAUAUCUUCCAGUCCGAAGGGGGCCACACCCAUCAUCGUCUCCCCACCGAACGACGCCAACUGCUGUCUGCAUAUGCUCCGGACCAGCUCCCGCCCACCCAUCAUGCAAAAGAGGUGACCAAGGUUGCCCUGCGAUUGAAAUAUCAAAUCGAGCAGGUCAUCCCUUGCGAGCUGGAAGAGAGCGUAAUCACCGACCCCAACAGUCGCAUCAUCACCGCCGAUGUAGUCCAAACCGCGAGACAGGCGGGAGGCGAGGAGCUGCAGGCCUGCAUUCUGUUCUGCUUGCUGGUGUGCUUGCGAUGGUUCAAGAUCGAAGCGACCCAGGAGCUGUGGGACUCGGAUCUCCAUGAACGCCGCGCCCUGGCGUGUGAGAUCAUCGCGAAGCGCAUCAUUGAAACAGAAGCGAAUCAGGAUAUCCAGCUGAUGGAUACCUUGCUGAAGCGAUACUCCAUCUUCAUCGAUGGCGAGGAGACCAUGCCUGCCAAUGUCAUUGAGCGCGCGGUCGAUCUUCACGCAUUGCGAGUCAUCGGCUCCUCUGGAUACCAGAAGUGUAUCCGGUAUCUGUGGAAUGGCUGGUUCUGCCAGCAGGAGGGCAAUCCCACCAAUUUCGUGCCGUAUCAUGAACGCGAUAAUAUCAAGUUCUCGGUCCACUUCCACCCCGACCGAAUGCGGACUCCGCAGUACCAGAAUGUCUGCCAGAUCCUCUUCUCGGUAGUAUACCUCAUCCUGUAUACCCAGGUCAUCAACACGGUCAACCCCAGCGGAGAUCUAGACGUUGUCGAGGGAUUUCUCUACGUCAUGAGUCUUGCGUUCAUCUGCGACGAAAUGACCAAGCUAUACAAGAUCGGCUGGCUCUACUUCGACUUCUGGAACGCCUUCAACUCCACCCUCUACAGCCUUCUCGCGGUCUCAUUCUUCCUGCGCAUCGCAGCACUAACACACUCGUCCUCCGCCGACGACGAACAGCGACAGCAGCUCAACGAGCUAAGCUAUAACUUCCUCGCCCUCGCCGGCCCGAUGUUCUGGAUGCGCAUGAUCCUCUACCUGGACUCCUUCCGGUUCUUCGGCGCCAUGUUCGUCGUCCUCCGAGUCAUGAUGAAAGAGAGUUUGAUCUUCUUCGCGCUCCUCUUCGUCGUCCUGGUCGGCUUCUUCCAGGCCUUCGUCGGCAUGGCCCAAGUCGACAACGACCUGCCCGUCACGAGAGCCAUCAUCCAAGGCAUGGCGAACAGCGUCAUGCAGAGCCCGGAAUUCAGCAUCUUCGAGGAAUUCGCCUUCCCCUUCGGCAUCAUCCUCUACUACCUCUUCAACUUUAUCGUCAUGAUUGUCCUCCUGAACAUCCUCAUCGCCCUAUAUAACAGCGCAUACGAAGAUAUCUCCGGCAACGCCAUCGACGAAUACAUGGCGAUCUUCGCACAGAAGACAAUGCAAUACGUGCGCGCACCAGACGAGAACGUCUUCAUUCCUCCAUUCAACCUCCUCGAAAUCAUCUUCCUCGUCCUCCCCUUCGAAUGGUGGCUCCCUCGGCACCGCUACGCCAAACUGAACGACCUCGUCAUGGGGGUCCUCUACUCGCCUCUCCUGGUGGUGACCGCCUUCCUGGAGGUGCGCGAGGCGCGCCGCAUCCGGUGGAACCGACGACGUGGCGAAGACGACGACGACGACGUCCAGGAGUGGGAACAUGCCGCGGAGCAGGUGGGUUUCGAGAUCGACGAUUCCUGGCGCCAGGUUGUGCUGGAUACGGCGCCGGUGGUGCACAUGGAUCCGUGCAGUUUGGAGGUCGUGCAUUUGAGAGAGCAGGUUAGGGAACUUGGGGAUUUGGUGAGGGCGUUGGUGGAGGAGAAGCGUGCUGGUGAGGGUGGGAGUGGGGGGCUGGGGGCGUUGAAUGGGGAGAGUUGUUCGACGAUUGCGGAGAGGGAGGAGGGGAGGUAGACAGACAAGACAGUGUUUCCUGUGAUGUUGGUCUGGGGGGGUGGUUUGUUUGCGCUGAUGAUGCAGUUUUGGGUGGAUAUUUGUUAUUAUGUGGUGGGUUUGUUAUUUUAUAAGUACCUAGUUACUUGAUUUACCUGACUAGUAGUUAGUUUGUUAUGUCUAUGUUUAUUGUUUGAGUGACG